GGCUGCGUUGUUUCCAGAGUGCAUGCGCCCCGGUUUCGCGCUGGCCACCUGGUUUGAUCAAGACCCGCUCCCUGAUCAAAACUCGUUCCCUGAUCAAGAUCCAUCUCCACGACUCACCUCCCGGGUUCACCUCCACCACGGCCAGCAGCCAGUGCGCACAUCUGCCCUCACCGAUAUGAAUCUGGAAGCUGAGUCGCUGAAGCGAAAGGAGCGUCUGAACGCCAUCCGGAAUCGACGAGCAAGACCGGCGGACGACCAAGACGAGAACCGAUCCGGGCUUCGAUUCCGCAACUACACCCCCGUGUCGGAGGACAUCAAGUCCUUCAAGGACGAAAAGGACGGCUCAGUUGACACCAUCCGCCAGGCCGUAAAGGAGGUCGAGAAGCAGGUCCACACCUUUGCCAAGGAUGCUGUCAAGGAGGAGGAGCAGCGGAGUAAAGAAGUGGAUCUGUUCAGUCUGGCGCCCAAGAAGGCCAACUGGGAUUUGAAGCGAGACUUGGAGACAAAGCUGGAAAAGCUCGAGCGCAAGACCCUCCACAGCAUCGCCGACCUGAUCCGCGCAAGACUGCAAGCCGAUAACGACGUCACCGAUAUCGGAGCAGCCGGUGCUGACCAGGGAUCCGAUGACGACGAUGAUGACUAGUGUCCAAGGCUGAAACCCUGUGUGAAUCCAUAAUAGCCUUCAAUGUAUUUGCGGCUCAGAAAUAACGCCAACAGGCAGAAUCGGAAAAAGCGCCCGGGUUCAUGUUUCGAGCACUCUCCAUGUGGCGUAUCGCCGGGGCUGGGUCUAUCUGUGGCUCAAGCUUGGAUGGCGGCUGUGCUGGGGCACUUGUCGGCAAAGCUCUGGGUCAGAGUUUCGUUUGCAAGGCUGAAGACGGCAGCGUCGAAGCAACUGAGGAUCCAGUCGACAAAGGGAGGGAAUAACGAGAAAGAGCCGGUCAGGACUCAGAAUGCGGGAUCACGAUGACGAAAUUCAUGUACUUUGCCACAAAUCGCACCCAUGUGGCCGAUCCAUCGUUGCAUGGUGGGUGUGGCCCAGGCCAGGCGCAACGCAGCAUGAAACUUCCGCGGACGUUACUCACCUGGUGCAGAGGCUGAGCUUGCU